AUUUUCCUCUCCAAAAUCUCACCAGGCUAGGGUUUUUUGGUGUUUCAGUUUUCGGCCACAAUCCUCAGAGCAAUAUAGCUUCUCCGGCCCCGUCAACUCCAAUCAUGGCGACUCAGAUGAGCAAAAAGAGGAAGUUCGUUGCGGAUGGAGUUUUCUUCGCCGAACUGAACGAGGUUCUUACGAGAGAGCUUGCUGAGGAUGGGUACUCAGGCGUUGAGGUUCGUGUCACUCCGAUGCGCACUGAGAUCAUCAUCCGAGCUACCAGAACCCAGAAUGUUCUUGGUGAGAAGGGGAGAAGAAUCAGGGAAUUGACUUCUGUUGUUCAAAAGAGAUUCAAGUUUCCUGAGAAUAGUGUGGAACUGUAUGCUGAAAAGGUCAACAAUCGAGGCCUUUGUGCCAUCGCUCAAGCAGAGUCCUUACGGUACAAGCUACUCGGUGGUCUUGCUGUUCGAAGGGCUUGCUAUGGUGUUUUGCGGUUCAUCAUGGAAAGUGGUGCAAAAGGAUGUGAGGUUAUAGUGAGUGGGAAGCUCCGUGCACAACGUGCCAAAUCGAUGAAGUUCAAAGAUGGUUACAUGAUCUCUUCUGGUCAGCCAGUUAAUGAAUACAUAGACUCAGCCGUAAGGCAUGUUUUGCUUAGACAGGGAGUCCUGGGCAUAAAGGUGAAGAUAAUGUUGGAUUGGGAUCCCAAGGGGAAGCAAGGCCCGACAACUCCAUUGCCUGAUCUUGUCACAAUUCACCCCCCGAAAGAUGACGAGGAGUUGGUCAAGCCUGUAGUGAGUAGGGAAAUUGAGGUUGCUUAACGAUAUGUCCUAUUCUGAUUCAGAUAGCAUUCUUUCUGAUUACUUUAGGAAGGGAAGGGGUCAUCUAUUCUUGGGUCCAAAUGUCAUUCAUCUUUUUCAUUUUUGACUUCCAUUAAAGGAUUUUGCGAGCCAAAUUUUGGUUGAAUUAUUUUUACAACGAGGCAUUUUUUUCACGGAUAAAUAAACUAAUACAUUUUUCUUUUCUUCUA